AUGCCGGAAUACCGCCGCAAGCUGCAAGCUCUAGACUUCAGCGGCAACGAGGAAUUCGCAGUCCGUACCAAACAACCAUGGCCGGCAGGUCCGGUUUACUCCAUGGCCGUCCUGAUAGCUUUCACGUCUGCCGCCGGCGUCUCUGACCACUCUCCUUCACUGAACCGGAACCAACGCGACCUGGAUGGGGAACACCAUGAGCAAAGGACCGUCCUGUCACAAACUUUAUCGCCUGCAUCGGGCGAGACUUCCCGAUUGGAAAUGGUCUUCGAUCACUUAAUGGAGAUAUUUGUGGCCACUCGAGGUACGCGUGUCAUAGUCAGAGCUGGACUCGACACGGGGGCCUUUCAAACGACAGCGUAUCGUCAUCUGAUCACCACCUCCACCGUCGCAAGCCAAUUUCCGCUCUGGUCUACUUCUCCGACAAUUUCGCAGUGGUACAAAACUCUCCGAACACAAUGUCUGGAAGAAUUAGUUGGUGACGGCACAGUCGAGAGAUCUGAGGCUGAUAUCUGUGCCGCUGCAAUUACCUGCUUGGAAGAGGUUCAUGACGGCGCUGCUCGACUGUUGGAGGCCAAGAAAGAACGAUUAUGGCAAUCUAGACGUGACAACAAAUCGCUUCGGUAUGAUUUUGUUUGGUUAAUGAAGUGGACAGCAAUGGUGUCACAGGAGUUUGUCGCCCUGUUGCAUGAAAGGAAUACUGCGGCUCUAGUGGUUCUUGCACAGUUCAUUGCCACUUGCGAGUCAAUCGAGCACCAGUGGUAUUUAGAGAAGUGGGCGAAGAACGCGAUGGAUGCGGUCAGGCAUCUACUUGGCUCAAGCAAUGCCAAUGCCAAUGCAUGGGUUGAUAAGAUUGGCGUUCCUACCCCUAUUUCGUAUCCGAAAGCUCCAGUACUUGAGGAUUCCCAGAAUCUUACAAGUGUCCCAUUCACCGGCGAAGCAGCUGAAUGCAAGCCAUUAUCGGCCCCUUUCAUCUGGCUUCCGGAAGCGUCAUCGCUGCAUAGCGAUGGCGGCAAUUCCGGCGGUCAGGACUUUCCCGGACCGCGCGGUGUAAAGACACGCACCAGCGCAAAAGCCCAGCCUGCCUUCGUCUUCCUCUGGGGCCAAGACAAUCAACUGACGUCGGGCUACAUCAAUACAACCACCUUGAAGUACGGACUGGUGGCACUGGAUCCGGAUUCGAUGGACGUACUUGCGGCGUGGUACCCAGAAGAUGACAACCAAGCGCUGAACAUCCCAUACAUGGAGUACAUUGUCAAAACGAACGACGUUCUAGUCAGUUCGGCCCAGGGCAUGAUCUGGGUCGUGCAUCGUGAUACUUGCCAGGGACGCCCUUACUUUAAAACCACGCGUACCGUUGAUCUGCGCCCUCAACUGCAAGAAGGUGAUCAGUUGCUCAACGCCAUGUUUGACAUCGAGAAGAAUAUCUGGUUCACUACUGGUGCAGUGCAGCUCGACACCAGCGCCAACGGUACGUUGGCCAACUCAACCACAUAUGGCUACAUCACGCCUAGCAACAAAGUACACAAAGCUCAGCUUGAUGGCGAAACGGUCGAGAAUGGAAUAGCUGUGGCAGGCACCGACGUUUACAUGGUCACAAGCCCGUCUGGCAAAUUCAAUACACCUAAUGCGCCGGGCUACAUGUAUUCGCUGACGACUAAAAGCGGCUCUGAAGGUGGGAUUAGCACACGUUGGCGAGUCCCCUAUUCCGCAGGUGAACGAACCGAACUUGACCCCAACACGGCUAUUUCGGCGCGCGGCUCCGGUGCGACGCCUGCGUUGAUUGCCGAUAAGUAUGUGGCCAUCACCGACAACGAUACUCCUCGCCUGCAUCUCAAUGUGUACCAUCAAGCGCCACAGGCGGAAAGUAGCGCUCAACUCUUGUGUCAGGUGCCGUUGUUUAUGGACAACAAGGGCUCGGUGCAGAACAGCGUGCUAGCUCAUUAUGAUACCCAGCAAAAACAGUCCGGAAUCAUGAUACUCAACUCGUACGGCGGGCCAGCAUUUUUCACCGGCCAGGACGGACAGGACAUGAAUGGCAAGUUCAACAACAUGAGAGGUAUGGCCGGCGGAAUUACGCGCGUCGAUGUCGACGAGCACGGCAACUGUUCGGUGCGCUGGACCAAAGAUACCAAGUCCAAGGGCGUGUCUGUGCUCUCCACCAACAACGGGCUGGUCUACCACUAUGUCCAGGACGACCAGCGUGCUAUGACGGAUGACGAGUACGUGUGGUAUCUCAUGGGCCGCUCCUGGGUCACGGGCGAAGAAAAGUUCAAGGUGCACGCUGGCAGCGGUGGCGCUUUCAACGACAAUUGGAACAGCGGCGCCUUGGGCCCCUGUGGAACCUUUUAUCAGUCCGUUUCCGGAGGCAUCGUGGCUUUCAAAGACGGAGGUGAUAGUAGUUGUUAG